AUGAAGACAUCGCGAAGCAGCCUGUGCCCUAGAAGUCAAGGUUGGCAUUUUGGACAGGGUGCAGGUUGCGAACCACUCACAGCCAUUCCUGUGCUGGGCUGGAAGGACUGCCGGCCAGUACCGGUGGCGGCACCAGCACGGGUAGCCCCGGUAGCGCCGGUAGCACCUGUGGCGUCGGCCGUGGGGCGUUUGUCAGUGGAUCGUGCUUCUACUGCUCAGUGUCGAGCGCCCACACCAGGCCCAAAGAUGGGCGUGAACGCGGUAGUUCAUGGAUUUGACCCAGGGCAGAAAGUGAAGGAGGAUGACUGGAGUGCUGCAACCACUUCCGUAGGAUGUGCUGAUGCUGUUUCCAGUGCUACCAGCUCCAUACCCGUCAAAGGUGGCUAUGGCCAUAGGCCAAGCCCACCAACCUCCGGUCAGCCGCGUCGUCCCUCCGGAACUGGUAUGGGACAGGCAAUGGACUCCGGCGAUAUCACCCAUGAGUUUGUCUGA